AGUCCGGGGAGGAGAGGACCGACACGGGAGCACGAGCCGUGGAUGAUCGGGACAUCUUAUUUAUUUAUUUUUAAUCCAGAGGGGACUCGCGCGCUCCGGUGUGGCACAAAAGUGCCGAUCUGCGUCACAAAGGCGUGUUACAAGACAAUCAGAGAAAGUUGAGCACAAAACUUCCAAUGGAUGCACCUGAAGAGGCAGCUUCUCCAUCCUUCCCUGUCAACUCCAUUGAUCACAAGCUGGGCACUGCUCUCUGAAUCAUGGAUCUGUUAAAACCUACGCCCCAAUUCCUCACAACACUAUGAUUAAAGUGUGUGGUGAGAUUAAGCUUUGUAACAAUAUCUGCCUGUGUAUCCACCACCCAACUGCCUCAGGAAAUCAGCCACCAAUUCUCCUCAGUGCUUGUUUCUCAACCCCCUGGGUGCCAUCGGUACUUGAGAAGAGACACUAACAAUUAGUAGACAGAGUUUUUGCUUCAUUUAGAGUAUUUUUAAGAAUGGAAGCACUCUGUGCCAUUUGACCCCUACACUCAGUGCAGCAGUACAGUGGUAGGAGUCACUGUCUUCUCAUGAUCACCACUCCAUGCGCUUCACCUUCCUCCUGAGCUCCGUGCCCCACUCAACCUGCGCCGGACCUCAAUCCGAAGGUCCCCCCAGCCUAACAUGCUGCUUCAGGCUGUCUUGUUGCUGUUGGACUGCUUGGCCUCCACACUGGGCCAGUAUGAACUGUGCAAGUCCCUGGUGAGCACGGAUGAAGGCUCAGUGUGGGAGUAUUACGCGUGCCAGCCGAAACACCAAUCCAUGAAAGACUUCAUGCGGAUCAAAGUGGACCCGCCUGGAAUCACAUGUGGGAAUCCACCCGAGAGGUUUUGCACUCUGGAGAACCCGUACCUGUGCAGUGACGAGUGUGAUGCCUCAAACCCAGACUUGGCCCACCCUCCUCAGCUGAUGCAGGAUCGUGAACGCAGCGGUCUAAUUACCUACUGGCAGACAGUUACAUGGAGACGCCACCCAGAACCCCUGCUGGCUAACAUCACCUUGUCCUGGAACAAGAGUCUGGAGCUCACAGAAGACAUCCAGAUCACCUUUGAGUAUGGUCGUCCAACUAUCAUGGUACUAGAUAAGUCCAUGGACCAUGGUCAAUCCUGGCAGCCCUACCAGUUCUACGCUGACGACUGCCUCGACGCCUUCAAUAUGCCACCAAAACGUGUGCGCGACCUUUCACCUGCCAAUAUCACGAGAGUCAUCUGCACUGAGCAGUACUCACGCUGGGUGGGCUCCAAGAAUGAAAAGAAUGUGAAGUUUGAGGUGCGGGCGAGAUUUGCCGUGUUUGCCGGAGCUCGGCUACAGAACAUGGACGGCCUAUACACUCGCAUGGAAAGUAUGAAGGGACUGAGAGACUUCUUCACCUUCACCAACCUUAGAAUGAGGCUUCUCAGGCCUGCCCUCGGAGGCACCUACGUCCAGAGAGACAAUCUGCUCAAGUACUUCUAUGCCAUCUCCAACAUCGACAUACCAGCCAGGUGCAAGUGUAACCUCCAUGCCUCCCAGUGCCUGCUGCAGGAUGGGAACCUCCAGUGCCAGUGUGAACAUAACACCACUGGCCAGGACUGCCAGCGCUGUAAAAAAGGCUUCAAAGCAAAGUCCUGGAAGGCCGGCUCCUACCUGCCAGUACCCAACGGAACCCCGAACACCUGUACGAUUGCUGGGUCGCCCUCCGGGUCGAACUGUGAGUGCUACGGCCACUCCAACCGCUGCAGCUACAUCGACUACCUGAACAUCGUCACGUGCGUCAGCUGCAAGCACAACACCAGGGGCCAGAACUGCCAACACUGCAGACUGGGAUACUUCCGCAACGCCUCUGCUGAACUGGAUGAUGAGAGCGUCUGCAUUGAGUGCAACUGCAACCAAAUGGGAUCUGUGCAUGACCGGUGUAACGGCACAGGAUUCUGUCAGUGUAAAGACGGUGCCACAGGGCCAAAGUGUGAUGACUGUCUGCCCGGAUUCUACUGGAAGCAAGGCUGUCACCCCAACGGGUGUGCAUAUAUUUGUGUACACAUGAGGCGAUGGAGGGGGGAGGGGGGGUCCACGCAGAGCGGCUUCGGCCAUCCCAGUCAUGGACCCGAUGAACACAAUGCAGCACUCACAUAAGCGCACACAUUCGCACAAUAACUAGCCUUCCCCAGUCCUGUUCCAAGUGCACACACACACACACACACACGAGCUCCUCACAGGACUGUUACACUAUGGAGUGUGUGCUCAGGUGUGCAAAGCACAAAUGCAGAAAAGGAAAACAAUCUCAGAGACAAGAUGCCGAUAAAAGAGGCGUGGGGCAAAAAUAAAACAUACCAACCACUGUCCCUUUAUUCCUGAGCUGGAGCAAAGUGCAUCAAACAAAAAAUUACAAACACUUAACUCACCUGUUUCACUUCCAAGGGAAUGGCUGUUAUAACCACAAAGGAACUUUACUUUUUUUUUUUCUUUUUUACUUUGAUGGAGUUAAUAAUCUCAGCUUUAUUAGAAGGCUUUUUUCCUGGCAGCCAACACGUGCCGCACUCGGCGCGAAGAUGCGAUCGCCUGUUGGCCGAGUCGGAGGCGAGCCGCGCGCUUGAUCCUGCUGCUGAGGCCUACAUCAUAUAUUAACCAGGUUUCAUUUCUUCACAAAAGACGAGACUUGAUUUUUUUGCAUUCUUGUUCUAUUUCUGCUGCAUUUUUAUGUUUAUUUUUAUUAUUAUAUUAUUAUUAUAACUUCAGUCUUAUAUAAUGUGCCCACUAACAGUCGCUGAGAUUAUAUAUAUAUAUAUAUAUAUAAACAUAAUAUCCAGAGGAAUUAUGAAUUAUUCCAAAAAAAAAGAAAGAAAAUUUAGUCACUGUAAUGGUUGUUAUAGGAAUGAGUGAUUGUUGCCUCACUUAGCGAGAUUUAAUCACACAGUAUUCAGGAAGCAGAAUUUAACUUAUCAGAAGUCUAAAAGAGAGAAGAGAUAUCAAUCACGUAUCAAUAUUUAAUGACAUUAUUUGAAUAUUUUUUGUAGAAAUUAUUUUUGUUUGGAGUUACAAUAAAUUGCAAAAAAAAAAUUACAGCUGUUCAAGUUCAGCCUUUUAUUACAUCGGGUGUAUACUGUGCAGUACAUGAUGACUAAUCUG